AUGCCUAAAUGGACAUGGGAGGACAACGUUCACAAGCACACCAUUGGCGCCGCUCUGGGGGUUGUGCUGGGCUGCUGCAUCCUCUCCUACAUGUCGGUGCGUUACAGGCGUCAUAGGCAGGCCGCCCACCUCGCGGAACUUCGUUCGCGGUCCGCGGCGAGGACGCACAAGGACGUCGAUGGGCAAUCACCCUCCCCAGCCUCGUCUGCGGGGAGGGGAGGCGAAACAUCACCGAAGCCGCGAACAGAAAGUGCAUUCCCGUCCCGCUCCAUUUUCAAAGCCCAAAAAAGCGGCCCGGAGGAGGUCAGUGGCAGCAUUUCUCCGGAGAAAGCGCGCAUUAGCCUUGGCUUUGACUCCAAGGCGUCGGUAGGUCAUCUCAUCAUGAAUGUGGCAGGCUCUUUCACCCAAGAGACCGCCACGUACCGAUUUCCCAUUGAAUUAAAACGCUACGUCCACGUGGAUGGGUGUUGCGUCACCCUUGUUGCCGAGGACCUGGCUAACGUGGAGGGCAACAUGACCACAGAAGCCUACAAGACGAAAUGUAUCGCGCGGGUGGAGGAGGAGGCGGCGCAGCAGCAGACGUACUUUAAACUCCACUACGACACCUCUGCAAGCAAGAUUGUGACGACGAUCAUGGAGCGGUACACCUGUACCUACCUUGGGCCUGCCCCUGUGGUGGCCACAACCUUCUUUCUUGUACGAGAUCACGUCGCGUACAUUAUUCAACUUCAGUCCCACUUGGACGACUACGUGCCCCGCCUCACCGAAUUUUUUCUUACCGUACAGAGCGCACGCAUGGAGAAAGUACCCCGCGUGGCCUCAGGGAAGGUCUGCCAUGCGCUGCGUUCAGGUGUCGGGGAGGGGGUCUACCGCGUCUCGCUCUCGCCGCAGUUCAUUGUGACGAGCAGCAACGUCAGAGAUGUUCUUCUACUUCGCUAUAGACACGCAAAUGCGUGGUCGGGCGAGGUGCUCACGUGGGCUCCGCAUAAGAAAAAUGUGAGGGAGAACAAUUUCAACCGUGACACCGAUGCUAGUCGCGAUGGCGACGACGUGACCACGCUCAUCCCUGGUAAGCUCUAUCUCACUUCGCGCUGGCACGCACCCGCGAAGGUCGGUGCUACGGUCACGAGUGAAGUCAAGAAGCUCCUAGCUGCGGUGGACGCUUCGUCGGCGGAGGUCGCCGGCAAACACCUUCCGCCCAGUUUAUACGUCUCCGACGCUCUGGAAAUGCAGCUGCCUCCCAUCCAACGCUUCACCACCAACGUUUGCGCUCACACAGCCGACCCCUUUAUCAGCAUCUUUGUGCGGACCAAGGAUGCAGGGGUGUUUGAGUUUGAGGUCGGCGUCCUUGGUGAGCGGGAGCUAAGUGAGCUUGAGCGGUCUGGGUUUAAGGGGAUGGGAAAGCCAAUUUUCACGCGGCGGGGAGAAACUGCGUCAGGGAAAAGCAAACUGGCAUUUGUGGGUGAAACCGGAAAAAACGCGAUGUUUCGUAUUGAUGCUGUGCAUUGCCCAAAAGACGAUAUUUGGUAUGUGUUGAAAUGUCUGUACACUGGCGAGAACAAGGUGCCGGAGGAGCUGCUGCAGUACGUGGAGGCGGCGCUCGACACACUCUCGCUCAAUGCCCCCGCGUAUCUCCUCUCCCCAAGCUAG